UUAGUAUCUAGCAAAUUCAUGAGGUUCACCGUUGACCAGUGUCAUUCGAUCCAAUUAUAUCUCAUAUUUGGGGGCUCCGAAUAGAACCCACCGCCCCAGUUGACGGAAGUGGUUGCGACCACCAUAUCCGCGGCCGCAACUUCCACUUUUAUCAUAUAUCCACCGCCUGUCGAUUAAAAAUCAAACCCUACUAUUACAAUCAAUCUCCGCAAUUCCUCGAGAACACUAACCUUGUUCUUGGUCCAUCAAAUUUCUGAGCUCAUAGGGCAACUCAAGUAAGCUGCAGAGAUGGGGAAAAAGCAGCACAGCAAAGACCGGAUGUUUAUAACCAAAACGGAGUGGGCCACCGAGUGGGGCGGCGCCAAAUCCAAAGAAAACGGCACCCGCUUCAAACGCCUCCCUUUCUAUUGCUGCGCUCUCACGUUUACGCCGUUCGAGGACCCCGUCUGCACCGCAGAUGGCAGUGUGUUUGAUGUCUUGAACAUAAUUCCGUACAUCAGAAAGUACGGGAGGCAUCCCGUGACUGGAGUUCCGCUGAAGCAGGAGGAUUUGAUUCCACUCACUUUCCACAAAAAUUCAGAAGGAGAGUAUCAUUGCCCGGUCCUGAAUAAGGUUUACACAGAGUUCACGCACAUAGUUGCUGUAAAAACUACAGGAAAUGUGUUCUGUUAUGAGGCCAUCAAGGAAUUAAACAUUAAAACCAAGAACUGGAAGGAGCUUCUCACUGAUGAACCUUUCACCAAGGAGGACAUUAUAACCAUUCAGAAUCCUAAUGCACUUGAUAGCAAGGUUCUCCUGGACUUUGAUCACGUCAAGAAAAACCUUAAAGUUGACGACGAAGAAUUAAAAAAAAUGGAAACCGACCCGUCUUACAACAUAAACGUCAGUGGAGAUAUAAAACAAAUGCUUAAGGAGCUCGGUACUGAAAAGGGAAAGGAAAUUGCAUUGCAUGGUGGCGGAGGAAGUAAGGCUAUAAAAGAAAGAGCUGCAGCUCUUGCUGCCAUUUUAGAAGCCAGAUCACGCAUUAAGGAUGACUCUGAAUCAAAGGGUGGUGAGAAGCCUAAGCAGACAUACAGUAUAGUGGAUGCAGCAUCUGCUGCAGUUCAUGGGAGAAGUGCUGCUGCCGCAAAAUCUGAUGCUAGUCAUAAAACUGCUGCUCGUAUAGCGAUGCAUAUGGCUGGUGAGAGGACACCAGUUAAAAGUCGUUUCACCACUGGAGCUGCUUCACGAUCUUUCACUUCUACUUCGUAUGAUCCCGUCACCCAGAAUGAAUAUGAAUAUGUUAAAGUCGAGAAAAAUCCCAAGAAAAAAGGUUAUGUCCGGUUGCAGACAACACAUGGUGAUUUGAACAUUGAACUGCACUGUGACAUCACUCCACGGACAUGUGAAAACUUCAUUACUCUUUGUGAGCGAGGUUAUUACAAUGGAGUAGCUUUUCACAGAAGUAUAAGAAACUUCAUGAUUCAAGGUGGUGAUCCUACUGGAACUGGGGGAGGUGGGGAGUCAAUUUGGGGGAAACCCUUCAAAGAUGAACUCAACUCCAAAUUAGUUCAUUCUGGACGAGGUGUUGUUAGCAUGGCCAAUUCUGGGCCCCACACAAAUGGUUCGCAGUUCUUCAUCCUGUACAAGUCUGCAAAUCAUUUGAAUUUUAAACACACGGUAUUCGGAAUGGUUGUUGGAGGGUUAACAACACUUUCGGCUAUGGAGAAAGUACCUGUUGAUGAUGAUGACCGACCCAAGGAAGAGAUCAAGAUAAUUAGCAUAGAUGUGUUUGUCAAUCCUUAUGCGGAGUCUGAUGAAGAGGAAGAAGAGAAGACCAAUGAGGACAAGAAGGCUGGGGACGAAGAUAAUGAUAAGGUUGGUUCGUGGUAUAGCAACCCAGUUGCUAGUUCAACAGAUACUCCUGCUGUCGGUGCUGGUGUUGGGAAGUACCUGAAAGCAAAGAUAGCUCAGGCAGCGUCCAGCACUAGUCUUGAUAUUGAUUUGCCAGCUGGAUCUGUAGGAAAGAAAAGAAAAGCGGGAGUUUCCAGUGAUCUUAAAGAUUUUUCUUCAUGGUAAGAGGUUUUGUUUGUAUUCUCUCGUUGUACAAAUACAUGUCAUAAAAAAUAUGUAACUGGCGAUUGGCGAGUGAGCUAGGGACGAGGUUCGACUGUUAAUGUAUUUUUUGCUGUGGGCAUCUGUACUUGAGUUACAAUAUGGGUUGUUAUAGUUUUCUUAAAGUACUUUUACCCUCUUCAUUAGAUGAAAUUUCGACAGCAUGCCAUUUAGCUUCUAAUUUUCGUACGCAGCACAUCAGGGAUGCUCGUAACUUACGGGUUGAGACUCAUGCAUUUGCAAUUAUUGUGUUUCCCAUACUCCAAAUGCAUAAUUCUGAACAUGUGGUCCUUAGGACAGUUCCCAGCCCAGGAACACUAACUUGC